AUCCAGUGGAGUGUUGAAUUUAUCGAUACUUGACAUAACCUUCUUGCAGACGAGGGACUAUCCAUACUGCCUCAUCCAUUGUUCCAUCUCUGUUAGAUGAUCCAACCAGCCAGAGUGGCUCUACUCUUCUUCCCUUGUCAGUGGUCUUCCUGUUGGCUGGAAAGGAGGUCAGUAUAAAUGACACAGUCUUAAGGUAAGAGCAGACAUAGUAAAGACAAACUGAGAGAAACAGGUGGGGCAGCACUCUGUGGUCAUCCAUCCACACAAGGUAAGAAAAACUCAGGGAGAAACCUCGUAGCAUGCAGCAUUAUGUUUUAAUGCAGGAUAAAGACCCCUCACUAAAACCAAUCUAAACAGCUUGAUUAAUCCCAUAAGGGCCAAUUGAUUCACAACAGCUUUUACAUAAUUACAUGUUUGUCCCUUAUUUUCUGUCUUUAAUUCUCUGGGCCUUAUUUAGCGAUUCAGAAAAACUAUUUAAAAUAAUUGGUAACUUAUUUUCAGUUUUAUAUUGCUGUUGGUUCUGAGAUAAGUUACAUUGUAGUCUAAAUAGAAAAUUAUAUUUUUUAGUUUAUUUUUUUUUAAAUAAGUGCUAAUUUGUUGAUGUGUCGUACUAAAUGUACAUGAAAGUCUUGUGUAAACCUGAUUCUGGUUCUGUCAAAUAACUUGUGAAGUGCUCUUUCCAGCCCUGAUGGUAGGUACUUUUAACUUGAACUCAGAUGUGGACUUAUGGACUUAUCCAUGAAGAAAUGCAUGUGGGUAAAAUUGGUAGAUUGUCGCUGGGGUCCAUUGAUAUGCAUUAAGUUUAAUUUCACCAAUUAAAUGGUCAACAGACUGUGUAUACACAUUCAAACUGUAUCAGAAAUUUGGGAUGCUGUUUUAAGUGUAAAUAAAAUCCAAAUUUGAUGGUUUUGAAAUUAUUAAAGUCCCAUAUUUGAUUGUAAAAAGUAAAUGAAUUGUUGAAGUGACACGUUUCAAAUAAUUUGGGACACAAGGAUUUUCGGUCAUGAUGUUGCACCACCUCUUUUUUUUUUCACAACUCUAUAAAUGUUUGGGAACCCAAGAGACCACUUUAUAGAGCUAUGUGAGCAAAAUGCCCCGGUCUCGCCUGAUAUAUUAUUACAGCUGCUCAACAGUGUGAGGUCUCCUUACAUACUCCCUUAUAUUUACCUUCCAUGAUACUCCAACAAGCUGGGAUUACAGACAGGCUGGACUCAUUAUAAAAUGCCAUGCAAUCAUAAUAGAAGCAAAAUGUAGGUUUGUAUUGUCUUGCUGGAAAAUACCAGAUUUUCACACAAAAAAAAGGUAUUAUCUGGAAGGCAGUAAGUCAUGCUUUAUAACCUGUAUUAUGCACCUGUAUAGUUCAACAUUAAUGGUACCUUCCCAAAUGAAAACCAACAAGCCACCCAUGACAUGGAUUCUGACGCAUCCUCAUACCAUCAGGGAUGCUGGCUUUGAGUUACGUGCUGACAACAGAGAGUGGUCCCUCUUCUCUUAAGAGCAGAGAAUGAGGCACUGAUGGCCUCACAGUUUGAGUGCCCCAUGUAUAGAGGCUAUGAUCCAUGCCACAGCAGUCACUAGUCUGAGUCUUUGCCACCUUCUCCAAGUUCAGAAUGGUGAUCCUCUUCUUUACUAUUGAAAAACAUUGCUUCUCUAGAGUGCUCUUUUUUAGACCAAGUCAUGAAACUUACUUGUUGCAAAUCAUCCUCAUAUUUCAUGUCUUUUAUUGUUUUCUAUUUUUAAUUAAAAACAGGGUUGACAUGAUUUAGUAACCAUUAAACUCUGUUUUUAUCAUCUUUUUACACAGCAUACCAGCUGUUUUUGGAAUUAGACUGAUCAUGUAAAUUAACAAUAGUGGAUAAAUGAUUAAAUAAAUCAAAGCAUGGAGACAAGCCUGUUUAUUUGAUGGGGUUUCAUUACUUUGUCACUACUUUUUGUACUACUUUAGUAAGAGCCAGUGUCCUAAGUCUGAAUAAUUUUGUCACACAUUUUCUUUGUUUUCAAGCUCUUAGACCUGGCCAGGUGGAGCAGGGAUCAUGUGACCCUCUGAUGUCUGUCAUCUUUCUCUUUCUACAGUUUCGAGGACAAUGUGGCUUGUGCUUCUUACGUAUCAACUUGCCAGACUCCUUCUCGCCCAGGGUCAAAAUGCCUGUAUGGGACACUCCACAUUCAGAAGUCCAGGUCAGAGACACCUUCAGUGCUCGCUUCCUCUCAUGCCUUUCAUCAUUUCCCCCUUCUACCUCACACCUUAUUUACCUGACAUAUUGUUCCUCUAGCUGUGUGAAGAGUGUGUCUUUAUAUAUCAGUGAGGUAUGUUACUGCUUUGGGGGUGACAGGUGUGAAAAAAGAGCUGCUGAAGUCAUAUGAGAGGUGGAAAAAACAUGGUUUUUCCUCAGGGAGAUGUCUGAAAAAGGUGCUAUAAAUGGCUGAAGUCAAACUGCUGGAAUUAAAUAGUUAAUGUGACAAGAUCUCACAGUAUUAAAACAUUUUUCAUGCUAGUAGCAUUAUAUAAGAGGAGAGCAAGUUGAGAACUGCCUUAUAAGUAAGGACAUGCCAGUGGUUUAGUCUAUGGGUAGACUCUGCAGGCCAGCAAACUGGAGCACAGAGGGAGCAAGUGUGAGCUGGAGAGUUGAGAUUGAGUAGGCUGUUUGUUUUUCUUUAUGGCUCAAAAUCAGAGGACUCAAAGAUUACAAAACUGGAACCAAACAUCAAUGACUUCAAGCCAAAGACUUUCUUUUCCAUGUGGCACUGAUGUCUUCAGUGCAAACACUGUCGUUUUUCUGUUCAUUAUAUCUCUGGAGGAUUAUCAGUUCAUCUGUUUGUAGUGGGUCUCAGUUUCAGCCGAACUUUGUCACAUCUGUCCUCUUUACAAAAAAUAAAUAGUGAAAAAAAAAGACGUUAAAAUAUUUGUGUCUUAAAUUGAGGUCAGAUCCAGCAUUUCAAAUGCAUUCAAGGACGUCAGCAAAUCUAAAUACUGGUUUUCCGUUAGUGAUACAGUCUCAGGCAAAUUUGUUUUUCAGUGUAAAUCUUUGAGCUAAAACUGAUUGAUAGCUGUUUCCUCAUACCAUAUACUAUGAGGAAACAUAUACAGUCAACUGCUUCAGGGAUUUUAUUUUUUGUAUUAACCAAAUAUAAAUUUUUCAAUCAUGGCUUACUUUGAAGGUACUAUGAGGAGUUUUUAACUGGUUGAGAAACAUACUGAAACUGACAUUCAUGCCUUUUUAUGAUCUUCAAAACCAAACAAGAUCACCAGCAACAAAUUUGAUAAUGUCACUGUACACAUUUUAGUAAUUGAUGAGGGAAGGUGUCAAACCAAAUGAUUGACAUCAGACUAUAAAAACAGCUUUUUAUACAGCAUGUACUCACAAUGAGUGAUAGAGUUAAUUGUUAAAGGAAACAGGAUUAGGUUUUUGACCGAGGAUACGACUUUCACUUGUACAUGUUAAGAGAUAGGAGGUAUUACUUUGUCCACAAGGGGGCGCAAAUAACAACACAAACCAAAAGUUCCUUACAGCAGCUUCAAUUUUAAAAAGUAAUCAUGUAGUGGAUUAUUCACAUCACAGAGGUAACUUCUUACAUUACUCACUGCAGCUAAUAAAGUGUAUUUUCCUGAUCUGAUCUCACCCUUCAGCCAACUCAGACAUCGAGGUCACUUGUGGCUCUCAGACAGUGGACCUCCAGAUCCUCCUCUGUCCCGUCUAUUUUAACGGAUACAACGAGUCACUGCUGUCCCUCAACUCACAGCACUCCAAACCCCAGUGCAAAGGGAUCCCUGAUUGGACCGCUGACCCACCUGUGGUCAAAUUCAACUUCUCCAUCACAGAGGAGGGGAUCUCUUCCUGCUCCAGCAAGCUGACUGUGAGUUUGAUAAACCGGCUAAACACUAAAAAUAUCCAAACCCUUCAACAUAUUUGUACUCACUGAACUUUGCUCUUACAGGUCACUCAGGAGACAGGAACUGGCCUGUUUGCAGACUUCUCCACAGUUCAGUAUAUCAAUAUCACAGGUAUGGUGUGCUCCAAGGACCCCAGUACAGGAGCCAUCACCUACCACCAAGAGGUGAUGUACCAGUUCUCCUGCCGCUACCCGCUGCAAUACCUGGUCAACAACACUCAGAUGAGCGUGUAAGAGACUCUUUCAGCUUAAAUGUUCACAAUUACUCACUGUUUUGUUGUGCUUCACAUAAGGCACUCCAAAACUGUGAUUACGUUUGCUCUUUCUAGACUGAUAGGACUAUUUUUAGCUGAAGGUUGAAAUGGGAUAUUUUGGUCUGGAUUGCUUGCUUCAUCCAGCAAAAAAAAAAAUGGGUUGACGGCUGCUAUAAAUGUCAUAGAGUUGACGUGCAGACCAGAAACCAUCUGCUAAGUAUUAGUAUGAUCCAGUCAGUAAAUUUACACAAUGUCAAAAAUUCAAUGUAGUCUAUUAGUCCAAUCAGAACUGGACUUUUCAACUACAAUGGAUAUACAGUCAAUCAUUUUAGGGGGGGAUAACAUGCUAAACUUCUGAACACUUUCCACUAACACAACUCUGUUUUAUCUUUGUGUUUCGUUGAAGUCAGCCUUGAGCGUCACCUCGUGUAUCAGAUGGAAAUAAAGAGGAACCUUAGCUCAGGGAUUUUUCCGCAAUGAUUUCCAGCUGCUGACCUUUUUUCUUCCGUUCAACAGAACUGCAGUUAACCUGGCGGUCAAAGACAACAAUGGGAGUUUUAUCAGCACGCUGAGCAUGCAAAUGUACUCGGUGAGUAAAGUCAGGUGAAGAAUCAAACCCUUUAACCCCCCAACCCCCAAAUCAAAACCUGGGUAUCUCACAAUUUUUUUGAACUGAACAAUAAAUCUGAGCUCAAGAAGUUUGUUUCCAUCUCAUGCAUGUAUGAGUAAUCUUGUAGCUGAGGCAAAUGCAGGACACUGUUAAGAUAAACACAACAACUACCAGAUGACAGAAACCCAGUAGAAGUAGUCCUUUCUUUCCUUUUUUCUUUCCUUCUUUCCUCUGUCCUUCCUUAAUCUUCUCUUCCUCCAUUAUCAAAAUAAUCACAUUUGGCAGCCCCAAACCCUCCAAAAUCCGCACAUAAAUCAGACCCCCUACACUUAACAAUAUGAGACUUUUUUUGGGGGGAGUCUUGGGACGAAACUUAUGCCUAGCAAUUUAUGCUGAGCAUUGUAUCCAAUGGAGGGGCAGAAUUUUUUAGGCAAAACCCCAACAGAAAGUCAAAAAUCUGUGGGGAAUGUUUGAUUUACAGCAUGUAUAUCUGAAUAACCACCUCUGAUCAUGUUCAGUGUUAUGUAGACACAAUGAAAGGGUGUGGCCAUGUCAGAGGUCAGAGUUGAAGGUUUUCUGCAAUUUUCCUAAAAAUAUCAACCCUUAGAUUACUUAUUUGACCCUCUCCAAAAUUCAUAUGUGAGAUAAGUGUCCAGAGCUGAAUGUAGUCAUCCUUCUGUCACUGGGGUUCCUCAUACUGCCAACAAGAAAUGACAUGUUUUGUUCUGUGAUGUGCUGUAACCUCUCUGCCUCUGUUGAAUUUAAUGAUCCCUUGCUAAAACAUCAUUACUUAGACUGUCAGUCUUCAAUAAAGGAAGUACCCUGGUAACGUGUCAAAUUUUGAUGUCUGACAAUGAAACAGGAAGUUCGACUAACUCUUUCAAAAAACCCUGAACACAUCUGUGUGCUGGUUUUUCGAUUGUAGUCACAGCACCACCCUGUGGUAACACACUGUAGUAAAUUUUACAUACAAUGUCCAAUCCGCCCAAGUUUGAACAGGUUUGUCAGCUUGUCAUUCAGCUUGUCAUUAUUUACACAUUUUUGGUCAGAGUGAUAGUGUCACCUGAUGGGAGCAAGCAGUAUACACUUCCAAAUACAGUUAGAGUGAGCUUUAUGUAUAAAUGUAUCAUCAACUUUCUGUCAUGAACAUUCCCAAGGAUGAAAAUUACGCUAACGUCAGCGCCCUGUCCACUGGUGAAAACAAGUGUUGUAAUGUGUUACAAUAUUUUAAUGUAAACCAAUCUCCACAAUAUCCUAUCUUCACUUCUCUUACAACCACUAAAGGAUGAAAGCUACUCCUCUAUGCUGCGGAUCCCUGCAGGAGGUCUGGAGCUGAAGACCAGGAUCUUUGUGCAAGUUAAAGCUUCUAACCUCACCAACAGGUACCUCACACAGUAACAGAGGGCACAUUUACAUUUAUCAUGUUUUCAACGUUUGCCUCCUUAUAUCUGCUGUUACCUCAUCAAAUCAAUAGAAAUAUCUGCUGUCACAAUAUGCACUACCACCAAAACUCUUUCCUGUAGAUUCAACGUACACCUGGACCGAUGUUACGCCACCGCCUCACCUUUCCCCAUCAACACCACUUUUUACGAUCUUUUCAUUGGGUGAGUCAUCAGACCACAGUGAUGGGAUCGGAAAUAGAAUGACUCAGCAUUCAUUUGACUGGUUGUUUACCUCAAUAUACAUCUGAACAAAAUCAGUCUCUCAAAACUGAUGGUAAUCUAUGAUGAUUUACAUAUUUAUAUUAGAGGAAUAGUGUCUGUUUUGUUGUUAGUUGACCAUACUGAGGCCAUUUUUGUUUUGGUCUUCCAACCAAUCAGAGGCUGUUUUAGUGAUCAGCUGACUUGUAAAGGUCCAGUUAAAAGCAAGGGCAAUGUGGGACACAUUGAAUUAAAAAAGAUAGAAACGUUUUAAAUGGUUUCAUCUUAUUCAGCUUUUUCUAGUGGUAGAGGAUCUAUGCCCCAAAAGCGGCGCUUUAUUCACUGGUGGUAUUUUUUUUUCAUUAAACUGUGACAAUUUUAUCUUGAGACAUUGAAAACACACACACAUACACAUACACACACACACACACACACACACACACACACACCGAGCUAACAAAGCAAUAUUUUGGUCUGAAAUGUGCUUCAGAACAUUAAAAAAAUUCAACUUACGCAGUGAAUUUCUGAAAAUGUGCUAGCUAAGUGAACAGGCUACUUAAACACUAACAGGCAAUUUCCUUUGAUUCAGCUGCUGAUAUUGAUAGUCAUGUGAGUUUAUUUGAUUAAGAAGUACUUGUUUUUUUGACAUGUGACUAAAACCUGAUUUAAAAAAAAAAAAAAUGAACCGACAAGUAAAAGGAUUGCUGUCUGCCCCCUCCAGGUGUAACCGGGAUGGCCAGACAAUGAUAGGAGUUAAUGGACAGCAGCAGGAGGCUCGCUUCAGCUUUGAGACUUUCCGCUUUGUUGAAAGCGCCGAAGAACCGAUUUCUACUUACUACGUCCACUGUGCCACCAGGCUGUGUGUGAGCACCUUCUGCCCCAGCCUCAGUCAGGUCAGAGUCUGCCUCCACCUCAAGAUCUUACCACGUCUUCACUUUGAACUGUCAAAAACUCAUGUUGUAUCAGAUUUUAUGUAGUUUUCUUUUUAUACAUCAUAUGUGGUGACAUCUGCGAGCUAGUCCAGGCAUGCAACUUCAACUGCUGGAAUUUGAUAAACAACCGUACAAUUCAGCUGUCAGAGGAGGCCGUCUGCUGUGUCAGCAGGCAUUUUUCUUUAUGUUUAAACAAGCCUUGAGUGUAUGUAUCAAUGAUGAUUAUUUUCAAAAAUGUCAAUAAUCAAAAAGAUGUAAUUAAAAAUCUAACUUGGGUUUCUGAUGUAACAAUACGCAGUUAUGACUCUGGGAGUAUUUGAUGCUUUCUUUAAAGAUGGUGAAAGCCCAAGUGACCAAUAAUCCCUUCUUAUCUCUCCUGCAGAACUGCAACUCAAGGAGGCGCCGUAGUGCCAGCAACAGCCAGGGUACGACUGUGAGUGACAUGGCCACCAUCACCUCAGGGCCCAUCAUCACUCGCCUGGACCACGGUGAGAUUGUGAAAGGUCUUUAUGGGCUGAUGCCUGACAAUGUAAAGAUGCGCCAUUAAUGACAAUUUAGACACACCCAGUUUACUGAUUAUACCUUUCACUGUGUCUCUCUCUCACAGGGAGUCUGGGGGCUCAUGGAGGUAAGCUUUCACUGCCAAUCUGACUUAAUAUCCUGUAUGCCCAUGAAAAUUACACAUGCUAUUUCCAAUGAUCCCAUGGGUAAAGAAAGGAUAUUCACCACUCUGAUCAUUUCUUGGAGUCUGGGUUGUAUGUUCUGGUGUAAUCCUCCGUGUCCUUUUCAUCCUCAGGGCCUAAGCAGACUGAUUCGAACAGCACUGUGGCGGCUGUUUCUAUUGUAGCAGGCAUCGUUGGAGCAGUCUGUGUGGGAUUGGUGGCGUUUAUCGUUUACCAGACGUACAACUCCAAGUUGAUUUUUAACCAAACAAUCUUGAAAGAGUGACACCUGUGUAAAAAGACUCCAAAUGAUCAUUUGUUAAAAAAAAACAAACCUCUAAACUAUGGUUAAAAUUUCAUGAGAAAAUAUAACUAAUAUGAGAUGAAGGACACAGAGAUUUGAAUUAACCUUUGUUUUUACUUAUUUAAAGAAAAUGUGAUAUGAUUGUAAGUUUAUCGCCUUUCCAAUACACAGAAAUUUUAAGAAAGGAAGGAUGAGUCAAUAAGGAGAAAGACCUUUUCUUCAACCUGACACACUAGUAUCUGCUUCUUAAAUAUUGACGGCACAAACUGUCACCUUUGAAGGCAACAGAAGUUCUUGGUUUGAGUUGGGUAAAGAUGGGCAGUAGUUUGGGAGAAUCUCCUUGAUAACAGAAAAAGAGUAUUUGGGUAGAAACACCUGCACAGGACAAGGUGUAAGAUUAAAGGUGUAACUUUUGCUUGGGUUGAACCUUUCUCAGCUGGUGCAACCCUUUAAACAAGUAAGAGCUAACUCUUAUCUUGAAUCUAAACUGAUAUUAAAACUGGGUGUUUAAACUUAUGCUCGACUGGUGUGACCCACUACAGAAGGAAACUGGGUGAAGGUGAACUGUUGACAUUGAUAGAAACAAAAAUAACACACGUAUGUAUCCUCAGGACUCCACAUGCUUCAGGGUGAUUGCUGUACAAGCUCAAGAUCAAUAUUUUGUUAAGUUGCUUUUAUAUCUUAUGAAAGUUGAAAAUGUUUUUUUAUCAAUAAUAAAAGGUGCUUGACUAAAAAAUGUUAUGUAUGUCUUCCCUCCCAGGUAAGAUAGUUUUGCGUUCAAGUGAUGUUUAAGAUAUUGAAGAAAGGAGAUAUUGGAGGCAU